AUGCUACCUGCUGACCUCUUUGCGCAUCACCCUGCCUUCACCGACCUCUGGCUGGGCAACAAUCGGCUGUCCGGCACCCUGCCAGGUGCCUGGGGCGCAUCCGCCACCAAGCUGGCCGAUUUGAGCGUGUCCAAAAACCGGCUGAGCGGCCCCGCCUUCCCGCGCGGCUGGCUGCAAUCCGGCGCCAUGCCCAAGCUGGAGAAAGCUUACCUGAACGAAAACCCGCAGCUCACAGGGACCCUGCCUGCCAGCCUGGCGUGGUCUCAGCUGAGCAUCUUGGAUGCGCACGGCUGCGCGCUGCUCAACGGCACCUUCCCUGCCCGCUGGUACCGGGCUCCCUUUGCUGCCAGCCUGUUCCAGCUGUGA